AUGGCCGGCAGCGAGUCCGGCCUCCUGGCCAUCGGCAUGAUGUCCGACUCGGAGGACUCAUCAUCCUCCGAGAGCAAGACCACCACCACCACCACCACCGCCAACGAGACGCAGGGCUACCAGAGCCGGGCCGACAAGACGGCGCAGUCAGAGGCCGACUUUCAGGCCGUGAGGGCCGAGUACAACGUCAAGCUCGAAAACGGCGAGAUAUGGAAGACGGUCAAGCUACCCCUGGCCCAGACGCUGCACAAGCUGGAGGCGCAGGAUGUCCUGCACGCCGUGGAGGAGCUGUACUUCUACCGGAGGUACGAUGAAGCUGUGGCCUUCGUGAGGAAGGUACUCGGGGACCGCGGUGAUGGGGUCGACAUGGCGGGAGGGUUGGACGGUGAGAGUAGGGCUUUGCUGAGGACGUAUGAGGGGAAAUGUAUCGAUAAGAUGGCUGGACAGGCGCAAAAGGCAUGA